AUGACACCUGCGCCAACGACCCCGCGACGGCCUGCAUCUAGCAGGGUACGUCAAACUCGACCAAAGUCAACAGGACCCGCUCGGUCAGAGAAGUCCACACCUAAGGUUUUUUCAGAACCUCCAAGGAAACGAAGAUAUAUUCCAGGAGGCCCCGGUGGUGGUGGAAGAUACGUCGACGAAGACGGAACUGAAAUACCUGUUGGAGGAACCGGACCAGGUGGAUACAACUACGUCGGACCUCGUGGGCGCAUCGGACAAGAAAACGCAGCUAGAGGCUUGAUUCCACAAAUUUAUCCACGCAGAGACCGAAGUGCCAGAACGCGCACCGUUUUACCUCGAUCUCAACAACCACCUAUGCGGUUCAGUUCUGCGGCCCAAGUGGCUGCGGUGGUACAAAGUGACGGAUAUAAGCCCAGAGAGGAGCGCGCUUGGGAAGAAUUCCAUCCGAACCUUGAUAUCGAAGGAGUCCUUCGUGCUUUUACCUCGCACGAUGUGGAGGGUAUUUCACUGCCAGAAACACGACCUGUCACACCUGCGAAUGCGCCUCUUUCUGCAGAAGGUUCCGUAGUUGGCACGAAUGGGGUUAUGACUCCAACUGGGGCGGAUAGCCAUAGGACUAAAAGUGAAGGAAUUCCUACACCUGCUGCUUCCCUAAACGGCGAGUCAUCGAUGACUAUUGCGAUACCCGGAACUCCUGGUGGAGGGAAACGAAGGCCAGGCAGACCACCAAAGGAUCCUGUCGCGUUUUAUUCUGCCAGGGCCGCUGCUAUGGGUGCCACUUUGGCUGUAGGUGGAAAUAAAACGCCAACUCCUAGAGCUUUAAAGCCCCCUCCACCAGUGCAGAACAUCAAUGCGAAGGAGAAACUGACAUUACCCCAGCCCUCGUAUCGGAGAACAGAUACUCUGGCAAGCUUUGAGGAUAAGGCUCUUGGUCUGGUACGAUAUGUGGAUAAAUCCAUGGCCAAUGUAGGAUAUCAGGAAACCGACAUCUUUGUGCGCCCUGAACAUAAACUUAUAAAGGUAUCGGACUCAAACCUCGAGGAGGAUCUCGACUCGGCCCCCGGGCAGAAAGGUGAUAAUGAAGGAAUGGUUGCACUAGGAAGUGGUGGGGUUGGCCGUGUUGAGUACGACAUGGAUGAGCAGGACGAUAAAUGGUUGCAAGAAUACAACAAGGGAAGAAAGGCGAUCAAUCACGAGGCCAUUACCCGAGAGAUAUUCGAGAUCACCAUGACUAAGAUUGAAAAAGAAUGGCACGCCUUGGAAAAGAGGAUACCUAAACCCAAUCCAAAACCACCCCAGACGCAUCGCCCUCGAUCCAGUUCUGCUGCGGCGGUAAAUGGAGAACCGCAGGCUGGAGAAGAACCGGAUAGCAAGUGCGCCAUUUGCGACGAUGGAGACUGUGAGAAUACCAACGCUAUUGUUUUUUGCGACGGCUGCGAUUUGGCGGUUCAUCAGGAAUGCUACGGAGUUCCUUUCAUCCCUGAGGGCCAAUGGAUGUGUCGUAAAUGCCUGCUAAUCGGUCGCGGAAUACCUACUUGCAUAUUUUGUCCCAACACUGACGGGGGCUUCAAAAAAACCAAUGCAUCCAAAUGGGCUCACCUACUAUGCGCUAUGUGGAUACCAGAAGUAUCUCUUGGUAAUCAUACCUUCAUGGAACCGGUAAUGGAUGUUGAGAAAGUGCCCAAGACGAGAUGGCGAUUAACAUGUUAUUUGUGCAACCAACGCAUGGGGGCUUGCAUUCAAUGCGGAAACAAGGCUUGCUACCAAGCAUUUCACGUUACCUGCGCAAGACGGGCCCGUCUCUUUCUCAAGAUGAAAAACAGUCACGGCACACUGGCGGUACUUGAUGGAAAUGCUGUACUGAAGGCGUUUUGUGAUAAGCAUUGUCCGUCUGAUUACGCAAAGGAAAAUGAUGUCGCAGGGGCAACUCGGGAAGCACGAGCCUAUUACAAAAAGGCUAUGCGUGGUCGCCUCUGGGCGGACAGUCAAGAUUCGGCAUUGGCAAUGGCAGCCACGCACCGACAUGCAGUGACCGAGCAUCAACCCGACGAAUCUCAACUCACUGGGGCGAAGAUGGCACUUGCCUUGGGAGACAGCAAAAAGAGGGGCGCCCAACCCGCUAAAGCAGUCUGGAAACUCCCGUCCGGUGCUCCAGUCAUUCCUCAAGUCGUAUACAAUUCUGUUGAAAGCUCACUGCAGCGGUUUAAUAUUCGCAAGCGCAAAGAGUACGCUGCAGAUGCAUGUAGAUACUGGACACUCAAGAGGGAGGCACGGCGUGGGGCAGCUCUCCUGAAGAGGUUACAGUUGCAGAUGGAAACCUUUUCAUCUAUGGAAAUCACUCGCAGAAAUUUUGCCGGCAUGGGCCACGCUGGAAGACCGAAAUUGAACAGACGUAUCGAAUUUGCUGGCACGCUGGUCAAAGACUUAGAACGUUUAACGACUUUGGUUGAAGAUGUCAAAAAAAGAGAGCUGGAAAAGCUAACCGCCGUCGAGCUCGAGGAAGACGCUGUCGAUACCAUAUAUUUUCCUGUGGCGCAAUUGUUUCCGCCAAUGGUCGCAAGAGCUCUCACGCUCGACACCAAGAUUGUUUUCCACGAUGGUCUCAAAUUACUUGAACAACGCGUUCAAAACAGAUUUUACACAACUGCCACAGCUUUUGCCCAGGACUUCGGUAAUGUCUUCCAUAAUGGGAUUGUGUCGCAACCUGUGCCACAACCAGAGCAGCCCGUUUCAAGCGAGCUCAAGAAGCCCAUCGUCACGGAUAUUCGAGAGAGACGGCGGCUGGCUAAGAGAAUUAUCAAAACAAUUCAACCACAGCUUCAAGCGGCUGUUCGCGCGGAGGCCGAUAUCAGUGGGAAGUCCGCAGAAAUUCUUGUGCGGGAUUUGGAUCAGUUGCUCGAAAGCAGUAUAAACUCAAAUGGAGAUACAAUAUCAGUCUCAAUCGGAGACACUGGUUCUCAGGUGGAUAUAGAUUCCAAAAACGAGAUAGACACGCACAUGGCGAACGCCGAAGAAGUGAUUAUUGAUGAUGCACUUGCGGACGUGGAGAUGAAAGAGUCGGUUUCAUCUGCGAAAGAAAACCACCAACUUGUGGAAUCCUCCGGCAUGAAUGGGUUGGCGAAUAUGAAUGGGCCAGAUACCACAUUGACGGAAGUCAACGGCAACAUCUUCCAAGGCAAGCUAGACCACUCCAACGGUAUUAAGAUUGGUAAACAUCACGGGGUCAAUGGUGAUACUGGUUCCGUCCAGAUUCACAAUCCCCCAACCCCUCCACUGUCAAACGGGGACUCUACGAAUGGACAUAAUAGCAAUUUUCUGGUCGCCGGAGGGACACCAUGGUUCCUAGAAGAAUUUCAUCCAGAGGGCACCAGCAUAGUACAGGAGAAGUGGACUGGCAGGGACGCUGUUGCAAGAUUGAGCGAGGAUCUUAGCGACAUGGACGAGGCAACGCUGAACGGCCUACUGAGCGUUAGUGAACCAGUUGGGGAGAUUCCCGUGCCCCCCACUGCGACGAAAGCCAAAAAGGCUAAGCCGAAGCGUAGUAGGAGGCGCUGA